AUGAAGAUCUUCAUAAAGAGUCUUACUGGCCGACUUUGUGAGCUCGAAGUGGAACCUAGUGAUACAAUCGAGAAUGUAAAAGCCAAGAUUCGAGAUAAGGAGGGAGUCCCACAAGACCAACAAAGACUGGUUUAUGCCGGCCAGCAGUUGGAAGAUGGACGCACUCUUUCUGACUACAAAAUUGAAAAGGAGUCAAGCUUACAGCUUGUUUUGCGUCUCUGUGGUGGUAUGCAAAUUUUUGUGAAGACCCUCACCGGUAAAACAAUAACUCUCGAGGUUGAGCCGAGUGACACGAUUGAGAAUGUGAAGGCGAAGAUUCAGGACAAGGAGGGCAUCCCCCCAGAUCAACAACGACUCAUUUUCGCUGGUAAGCAGCUGGAAGACGGACGUACUCUAUCUGACUACAAUAUCCAGAAGGAAUCUACUCUCCAUCUUGUGCUUCGUCUUCGUGGUGGUUUUAGUUCCACAAACGUCGUAACCAAGAUUCAUGAGAAAAUUGGAAUCCCGAAAGAACACCAAAGAUUGAUUUAUUGUGGCCAGCAGUUGGAAGAUGAUCGNUAUUCUAAAAUUCGCUUCCACUCGCUUUCAACUUUUGAUGGCAAUACUAAAGAACUCGAAGUGGAACCUAGUGAUACUAUUGAGAAUGUGAAGGCGAGGAUUCAAGAGAAAGAGGGAUACCCAAUAGAGGAGCAAAGAUUGAUAUAUAGUGGCAGGCAGUUGGACGAUGGUCAUACUUUAUCUGACUACAACAUUUCAAAGGGAUCUACUUUGCAGGUGUUUUUGACUCAAAUUUUUCAAAUUUUCGUGAAAACUGGCGAAGGCAAAACAAUUACCCUCGAAGUUGAGAAGAAUGAAUCAAUAGAGAGCGUGAAGGCGAAGAUUCAGGCAAAGCACGGCGUCUCCCCAAAAGUAAUACGACUCGUUCAUUCUGGUAAAGAUAUGGAAGAUGGACAUAAACUUUCUGAUUACGACGUAAAGAAGGGAUCGAGUCUUUUUAUUUAUCUUCGCGUUCCUGGUGGUAUUUUGUUCCACAAUCAUUAA